AAUCAUUAGCUGCACUGGUUCAAUAAACUCUGAAUUUCAGAUAGCCACAGCUAUAUCUACAGCACGUAAGGCCAGAGAGGUCUACAGUCUGCAGUAACGACAACAGCUCCAGGCAUGAGUCUGGCUCUUUAUGACCAAAGCUUUUUUGCAACCAACAAACCUAUUUUCGCAAGAUGCCGAGAAGUGACACCUGGCUGGGUGGAGUAGUGUUAGACACAAGGAGAGAGAUGGACAGCGCGGGCAGCUGUGACAGUGUUGUCAGCUUCAACUCUGGAUUUAGCGAUGACAGCCUGGAGCACCUCUCUGCAGAGGAGAGAGCCUGCCUCAUGUUCCUGGAGGAGACCAUCGAAGCCCUUGAGACGGAGGAGGACAGCGGACUGUCCAAUGACGAGCCAGACGCUGUUCCGGCACCAGGGAAUCUGGUCACUAGAAUGGCGAACCUCUCUGCCUCCAUGAGCCACAGCAAAAUAAAAAAUGAAGUGUCCAUUUGUCACAAGGCAGAGCCUGUGAACAGAAUCAGCAAAGAUCACAACCAGAUCCUGAAUUAUCUGGUUCCCACACCUCUGGUCCUGGCCAGUGGGUCCACCAAUGUCCUUUCCAAACCAAGGAGGGGUUUCACACCAAAGGGAGGAAGCUCUCCCAAAAAACCUAUGCCAGCUGUGACCAGUAAAGCACCGCCGGCUCACCCCACCAUCCCAUCUGAGGUGAACGUAGUGGUGAUCCCUCCUCCGCUGAAAGAGACCAGCAGCCCAGCGAGAGCCACUGACCACCCAGCCCCAGGGGAGCAGAGGCUGGCGGAGUGCGCUUCCCCACGGGGCCCGCUGUCAUACGAAGGCCUGGUGCAGCUCCGCAAGGCCGCCUCCAUGAAGAAAGCCCAGGAGGCCUCCCACACCACACAGAGCCAGGCUAAGCAGCCCGCUAAGCCAAUUAAACAGAUUCUCCUUGACGAUGGGAGUCCACAUGCCCAGAGUGACCAGUAUGGCGUCAGAAAGCCCAGCCCUCCCACUGUGGCACCGAAACCGAAAAAGAUCCCCUCGAAUAUUCCCACGAGUCCGCAGACGGACAAGACUGUUAUGGAUCCUAAGAAGGUCAGGAUGGAGGCAUUGUAUAAACUGGGCCUCUUGAAGGAUCAAGAGGCAUCCACAACGCCGCAUCAGUCUAAAUGGGUGCGCCCACCUACGUGUCCACCUCCUCCUCCUCCUCCUCAUCCCCCUCCUGACCCUUUAUCAGUCCCGGAGCCACCCUUCUGCAAACCACCUCCCGUACCUACCACGGUGGCGCUCAAAACUAGGCAGACGCACUGGACGAGCGGCAGGGUCCACCACCGCUCCCUGAGUGACGCCACGUCCGGCGCUCAGCAGCUGUCGGUGAAGCCUGUUGCGGGCAAGGCGGCCACCCUGGAGCGCUCUGGACCGGGCAUGGGCAGCUCGCUGUCCAGCCACACAGUCUCAGACAGCGGUUACAGGGACUCCAAAAACAACCCACCGGAGUGGACAAACAACAAUAACAACAGCGUCCUUCACAACUGCAAGCCCCGCUCCUCAACACUGGACAUGAGAAAAGACUGCAAAGACAGCGGGCAGAGGGAUGGGGGCUCUUCAGCGCAGUGGAAGUCCCUAGAGUCCGGGGUCAAACGUCCUGUGUUGAGCCAGCCAGUGCCCCACAGUGUACUGAUGCUGCCUCGCAUGGGUGAGGACCGGCGGGAAGCCCUGAGGAAACUAGGGCUGUUAAAGGACUAGAUGCCAUUCACUGCCCUCCCCCCAAAAAACUACAUUUCCCAAAAUUCAAAGGUUUAUGUGGUAUGUUCAAAAGGGUUGUUGUUGUUUUUUUAUCUAACGCACAAACUACAAACUACAGUUCAGUCAUGAUUGGUCAGGAUGUCUCUUUAAACAGCAUAAUAACACGAUUAGCUGCAGUGCAUAUCGGUGCAUUAUGAGUUUUGGGAGGCAUUGUGCCUUGUUUUGGGAGGCCUAGUGCAAAUUCAUUCAAUGUAUUCAUUUAUCACACUGGAUGCAUUUAGUGUCAAGUUUGAAGUUAGCAAACUGCAAUAGUGCUCACACACAUCUCAAAAACCUAUUAUUCAAAUAGUACCUAACACUUAAAGGCACUUUAUAUGAAAUGGGACAUUUCAAUGUAGACAUGGUUGGUCUGUGACUACCAGUAUCAGCAAGGACAAGAUGGUUUGACCAGUCAGGCAUUCAUAUAUCCUGUCAGCCAUAGUCAGUGUUACCACAGUUUAUUUUAAAAACCCAUAACAUUCAGUUAUGUCCCUUUUGCCACCAGCAAGAGUUUCUGUACUGCUCAAGUUUCUCUGUGCUCAGUCUUUUUAAAUGCGGCAUCAAAGGUCAGAUUUCCACAGUCUUUACAGCACAAUAAAAUGGUGCUCUUUGACUGUUUAUCCAUUUGUGGUUGCUCAAAUGUGUAAUAUGUAAAACUAAAAAUGUUUCACAAGCCUUGGAUUCCUGGAUUUGUGGCUUGACCCAAAUUGCUCACUGGAGUAGAAUAAUAAGGUGGACAAGGCACAAAAGAAAUAAGAUCUGCUUAGUAAGAACCCAUGGUGUACACUCUGGGCUUUUAAAUUGAGUUGUGUUUCAGUCUCGUUGUUCAUCAUUAAUUUACUUAGUUUAUUCUUUUCUCCUCACCUCACAAAACAAUUUGAGUGGAGGCAAGGAAUUCUUUAAGAGUGCAGCUUCAGUACCUGAAUGCCUUUCUCUUAGUUUCUGUCUGAACAUUCUGUACAAAGGUCUCUCAUUACUUAAGUCUCCCCCAUAACACAUACGUACACACACACACACACACUCGAACCCAAGCCAAGCUACUCAUCUUACACGCAGCACACCGGCAUUUGAGAUCUCCUGUCAGCGAGCUCCACAUUAUCAGAUUAUCCUGCUGUGUGACCGACCACUGACACGGCAAAGUCAAACUGACCACCAACUCCCAUCAAUCACCAACGCUGCCUAGGACCACUGGCCUUAGUGACACGUGCAAGGUGUGUGUGUGUGAUCCAUCACCUGGUCAUAACAUGACCUUGUUGUCAUGACAGCAGAGCAGGAUGAUCUGAUAGCGUUGUGAUAUGAUUGGGCUAUGAGCGUGAGCUGUUCUGAGCUGGUACAUCUUUGCAUAGCGGAGGUGUCACGAAGCUCUGCUAGCAAAGCCUCAACUCUGUUGUCAUAUCAGGCUGUCACCAUGGUGAGAAAUGUGAUCUGGAGGGAGACACCUGAGACUAUAAAAGCACCAUUCAAAUUAAGACAAGCGAUGAGAGUCUUUCGGCUUUUCAGAGAGCAGGUAUCUUGUGUAUGUUGUGUGGCCAUAUACAUUCCAUGACAUAUGAAGGCGUCAACAUACUUAGUGCAUAUUUGUCUUCAUACACCACACUCUAUCAACUGUACUAUACUAAGGUGCUUAAAGCUACGUACAGUGAUGAAAGUACAAAAAAAAAAACAUUUAAGUAAUUUAUUAUGGCUGUUACAUUGGCCAGACACGACAUUUAAAUAUUACAUUCCAUAAUAUUUACAGGAACAUUUGUGAUGAAAA